AUGGCCUCAGUCACAGAGCUCUGCAUCUACUCAGCCCUGAUCCCGCACGACUAUGUGACGGUGACGGAGGAUAAGAUCAAUGCCAUUAAAGCAGCUGGUGUGAAUGUUGAGCCUUUCUGGCCAGGCUUAUUUGCACAGGCUCUGGCCAGUGUCAACACUGGGAGCCUUAUCUGCCACAUAGGGGCUGGCAGACCUGCCCCAGCAGGCCGUCCUGCCCCCUCCACCGCUGCUGCCCCAGCUGAGGAGAAGAACGUGGAGGCAAAGAAAGAAGAAUCUGAGGAGUCUGAUGAUGACAUGGGCUUUGGUCGUUUUGACUAA